CCGGAUUUUAUCAGAUUUUAUAUCUGAAUCGAUUUCUCCGCUCUUGUUUCUCUGUUCUAACACUUGUCAGUAUUGAUUUUUUCUUUUUUUCCUCUCUUUGUUUUUUCUCGGAACAAUGUCUGCGAUACUCCAAGGAGCUGGAGCUGGAGCUGCAGCGGCUCUUUCGCCGUUUAAUUCUAUCGAUUCCAACAAAGUCGUAGCUCCUUCUCGCUCUUCUCUCUCAGUGAGGUGUAAGAGAUACAUUGUGGCUGGAUCUGAUGAUGGGACUAAUCAAAGCUUUGGUUCUUCUAGCCUCGUUGCUCGUCGUUCUCAGCCGUUGAUGAUACCAAAUGCUGUUUCUACGACGAAGGCGGACACUGCUGCCAGUUCCACCUCAUCAAAGUCUGGACAUGAGCUAUUGCUUUUCGAGGCUCUUCAAGAAGGUCUAGAAGAAGAGAUGGACAGAGAUCCACAUGUAUGUGUCAUGGGUGAAGACGUAGGCCAUUACGGAGGCUCAUACAAAGUUACCAAAGGUCUAGCUGACAAGUUUGGCGAUCUCAGGGUUCUGGACACUCCAAUUUGUGAAAACGCCUUCACUGGUAUGGGCAUUGGAGCCGCCAUGACAGGACUAAGACCUGUCAUUGAAGGUAUGAACAUGGGGUUUCUACUCUUAGCCUUCAAUCAAAUCUCCAACAACUGUGGCAUGCUUCACUACACAUCUGGUGGUCAAUUCACUAUCCCGGUUGUAAUCCGUGGGCCUGGUGGUGUUGGCCGGCAGCUUGGAGCUGAGCAUUCCCAGCGGCUCGAGUCUUACUUCCAGUCAAUUCCUGGGAUUCAGAUGGUGGCUUGCUCAACACCUUACAACGCCAAAGGAUUGAUGAAAGCGGCGAUAAGAAGCGAGAAUCCUGUGAUUCUGUUUGAACAUGUUCUGCUCUAUAACCUCAAAGAGAGUAUCCCGGACGAAGAAUACAUCUGUAAUCUAGAAGAAGCCGAAAUGGUGAGACCCGGUGAACACAUCACUAUACUGACGUAUUCCAGGAUGAGGUACCAUGUAAUGCAGGCUGCAAAGACGCUGGUGAACAAAGGGUAUGAUCCAGAGGUUAUCGACAUUAGGUCGUUGAAGCCUUUUGAUCUCCACACAAUUGGAAACUCGGUGAAGAAGACGCACCGGGUUUUGAUUGUGGAGGAAUGUAUGAGAACGGGAGGAAUCGGAGCUAGCUUGACAGCUGCCAUAAACGAGAACUUUCAUGAUUACUUGGAUGCUCCAGUGAUGUGUUUGUCUUCUCAAGAUGUUCCAACGCCUUACGCUGGUACAUUGGAGGAAUGGACGGUUGUUCAACCAGCUCAAAUCGUCACUGCCGUCGAACAACUCUGCCAGUGAUUUUUUCUUUUUUUACAGUAAAUGUUUUUACUUUUUGUUUUCCUUGGAUAAAUGAGACUAAAAAUAUUUCAAUUUGAACAUUUAAACAAUUCUAUAGA